AUGCUAAACCGCCAAUUUAUCAUCGUAUUAUGGAUCAUUCUAUCCUUAGCUAUCUUUAAAGCACAUGAAACUUGUCUCAUAAAUAAUCUAUCGAGCAAAUACCAAUACCUAUCUUAUCUUAAUGGGACAUGGAAAUGUUCUUCACCAUCAAAUCAAAUGUUUCUAAUAAAUAUAUGCAGCGGAUUAAAUAAUCAUACUAAACCAACGAUUGAUUGUCCACCUGCUACAGCAGUUUGCCGCAUCGUAUCCAAAAUAUCAGCACCUGUGUCCGAAGAUAUUGGCAGUUAUACAUUCAAUCCAAUCGUUAGUUUGACAAAUGAUAGCAGCCACGGAUUCAGCCUAACAUAUCGGAGCACGACAAGUUGCCAAUUUCGUCCUGGCACAAAAAUAAAUACAACUAUCUUAUUUCGAUGCGGAAAUACACUAGGCUCGCCAGAAUUCGUUAAUGAAAUUGAUUGUACUUUCUACUUCCAAUGGAUUACAUCAGGGGCAUGUGCUUAUGUAUCCAGUAAGUUUUCUAAAACUGAAGUUCCCUGCUACGUUUACGAUGAAUUUAACCGCAAGAGAGACUUGAGCCCUUUAAUUAAACUAACAGGUGGCUAUUUGGUACAAAACUCAACACAGAAGCAAAUUUAUAUUAAUGUCUGUAGAAAUAUACGAAUAAGAUCACUUUUCGAUCGUUAUUAUGGCUGCCCAGCCCAAUCUAGUGCUUGUAUAAUCAACAGUGACAGCAACAGAAGUCCAAUAAAUAUCGGUGAGCCGAUGUAUCCACCGCAAUAUCGAAAUGGCAAAAUAUUUCUGAGUUAUGUGACUAAGCAAAACUAUUCAGCAUGUAUGCAGCGGCCAAUUACAACUGAAAUUAUUUUUCGUUGUAACAAAUCAGUGCAGAAUCCGGGUCCUAGACUGAUUAAUUCAAGUAGUGCAUGUCGGUAUAUUAUAGAGUGGGUGACUGAAUAUGCUUGUCCGGUGAAAAAUUUGCUAAUAAAGAAUAAUUGCAGUUUUACUAUGGCCGAUGGUUACUAUUUUGAUUUAAAUCCACUCAUGAAUUCCAAGCAUGAUUAUCGAGUAACUAAUUAUAAGACUCACUCUACUAUCUAUUUUAACGUAUGUGGUCCUUCUAAUUUGCCUGCUUGUGGUACAGCAAAUGGAGAUCAAUCGAAAUCUAACGCCGUAUGUCAAAUUCAUGAUGCUGGUAUCCAUCAAGAAUAUCGAGGUGGCGAUUUCAAGUACAUGAAACUACGUUAUGUGGAUAAUCAACUGACUUUAAUAUAUAAUCAUGGAUCAUCUUGUCGUAAUGGAAUAAAUCGAUCGACUGUUAUUUUAUUUCGUUGCGACAUUUUUGAAAAUAUAGGUAUUCCAUUCUUUCAUGAGGAAGAUUCCUGUACCUAUUUUAUAUCCUGGUCGACAAAAUUCGCUUGUAAAAGAAAGCUUGGUACAGCAUUUCCACCUUAUUGUAGUUACAAGGACCCUUUGAAUCGAUUUGUUUAUAACAUGAUCCCCUUACGGAGGAUAUUUAGCAGAUAUGAAGUGAAAAUAGGGAACAAUCAAACGGUACAAUUCAAUAUUUGCAACCGACUUUGGCAUUCUGCGUGCAGAGAUUCUGAUUCUAGUAGUGUAGCUAGCGUUUGCAAGGAUAAGAUGAUUUUGGGUAGGACACAAGGACAACUGGAUACUUUAAUUAGCAAAGAUAAUCAGCUACAAUUGCAUUAUCCUUCAAUUGGACAAGAUUAUCCCAGUACAACAUUAUUAUUUCAAUGCGAUCUCCAUGCUAUUCACGUUAAUAGUGCAAGAAUAAUUUUUUACCAAUUGACAUCAAGCGGAAAUUAUGUAUUCAAUGUUUCUACUCCAUUAGCUUGCCCACCUCGAUCCACUUCAUGCUAUGUACAAGACAGUGCUGGAAAUCACUACAAUUUGUCGAAUCUUUAUAGGUCUAAUAAUAAUUGGGAUGCUACUGAACGUCGCUACCAUAUCCAGUUUAGAUAUUACAUCAAUAUUUGCGGCCCUGUUAAUCCUGUCGAUGGACCUUUCUGUUCUACCUCCACACCAUUUUUAGGUGGUUGUCAAGUCGACACAGUUCACAAUAUUAGUUAUAACAUUGGCUACAUUGCAUCACCACCUAUCUUCAAGAACGAUCGUAUUUAUCUUCGCUAUAUCAAUGGCGAUCUAUGCCAUCACCGAUAUAGAAGGAGUACAACCAUUCAGCUGAUUUGCUCCGAUGUUGAGGGUCGUCUAACAUUUUCUCACGAAACCUACCAAUGUGAAUAUAUUUUCUUCUUACAAACUCCAGCAGCAUGUCCAACUCCAUCAACUGUUGGUCAGCAAUGCCAAGCCUUUGAUCCUACAUUUCAUCAUUAUUAUGAUUUAUCGUCACUUUCAAAUUUUAAAAGCGAUUAUAAUGUCAUGGUCAGUAAUAAAACUAUCUAUAGGCUGAAUAUUUGCCAGCCUUUAGUGGUGCCAUGUGGAACUGAUAAAUCGAGUGGAGCCUGCAGUUAUAAUAAAGGUUGGUUUAAUUGA